GAUAUGUUCUGGAAUUUUUUACAACAGGUGCAUAGUGUCCCGCGCAGGGACUUGUGGGAUAGCCGGCUCCCAACAUGGCGCUGCAGUGUCAGCAGAACAGUUACCUCACGGAAUUUUCCAGCAAAGUUGUGUCAUGUAACCCAGGCCAGCUGGUUAUUUCCAAGAAAAAGAAACAACCAGGCUAUGAAGUUAUCUUGGAAGAUACCAUUCUGUUCCCUGAGGGGGGUGGGCAGCCAGAUGACAGAGGAAAGAUCAAUGACGUAGAUGUCAUCAGAGUAACACGGAAACAGAACCAAGCUGUCCACUUUGUAGAGACCCCUCUGGAGGUGGGGUCAGAGGUCAAGAUGGAAGUCGACUGGACAAGGAGAUUCGAUCACAUGCAACAACACUCAGGUCAGCACUUGAUUACUGCCAUUGCAGAGGCAAAAUUUGGGUACAAGACAACAUCAUGGGACCUAGGCAGUAAAGUUUCCUCCAUAGAGAUGGACACUCCCACCAUAACCUUGGAGCAGUUAUCAGAGCUGGAGAGGGAAGUGAACGAGUGCAUCAGGAGGCAGAUCCCCAUGACACCUCGGCUGUUAGAACCCGGGUCUCCUGAGCUGGAACAGGUGCGGUCCAGAGGCUUGCCUGAUGACCACAUAGGUCCGGUCCGAGUUGUUGAGAUUGAGGGCAUUGAUCACAACACCUGCUGUGGAACCCAUGUGUCCAACCUGGCUCAUCUACAGGCAAUCAAGCUAUUAUCAUUGGAGAAAGGGAAGAAAGGAAAGACCAAUGUGAUGUUUGUGGCUGGGAACAGGGUGUUGGACUUUGUAGGGAGGGCGUACGACAGGGAGAAGGGCCUGACUGGCAUUCUCAAGUGUCCCCCAGAAGAACAUGUGGAGAUGGCAGACAAGCUACAAAAAUCCUUAAGGAUAUCAAACAAGACAUGUACAGGGCUACUCAGGGAUGUUGCUGUACUGGAAGCACAGAGAUACAAGAGUCAGCCAAACAGGGACCCAGUCUUCUGUCUACAUAGGAAGGAGGGAGACAGUGAGUUCAUGAACAUCAUUGCUAAUGAGGUUGGAAAUGAGAAUGCCCUGGUGCUGUUGUCAGUUGGAGAUGAGAAAGGGGCGGGGACGUUCCUUCUGUCUGGACCAGCUGAUGUUGUGGAGGCUGUAGGACCAAAAGUUGCCGAGGUGUUGGAAGGAAAAGGAGCAGCUAAAAGAGGGAGGUUCCAAGGAAAAGCCACCAAGCUGGCCAACCUUAAGCUGGCAGAGGAGGUCUUAAGAGAACACUUUAAGACUCAAGAAGCAGCCUAAAGAAAA